CAAAGAACAAUGGCAGAGGAGUCGGCUGUAAAAGUAUGUGUUCGGGUCCGUCCACUUAUUCCAAGGGAAGACAGUGCUGCAUCGGAGAAUGCAGAGCCGGUCCAUUAUUUUUGGAAAGCUGAUGCAAAAUCAAUUUAUCAGGUCGAUGAUGGGAAUUCCAGUAAAAGCUUUAGUUUUGAUCGAGUGUUUACUGCAGAAGAAACGACCAAUCAGCUGUACCAAGCCAUUGCUAAACCUCUUGUUGUUUCCUCUGUUCAGGGAUACAAUGGUACCAUAUUUGCUUAUGGACAGACUGCUUCCGGAAAGACUUUCACUAUGUUGGGGAGUGACCGUUUUCCUGGAGUGAUACCGCUGGCUGUGGAAGAUGUCUUCCAAACCAUUAAAAGUUGUCCAAAGAAGGAGUUCCUUCUUCGGGUUUCUUACAUGGAAAUCUACAACGAGACUGUGAGUGAUCUGCUCAUUGAUAGCUGGAAGAGACAACCUCUGGAAGUCCGAGAGACAAUAAAUAAAACCAUCUAUGUGGCUGACCUGAGGGAGGAACUGGUCACAUCUCUUGCACAAGUCCUGGCCUGGAUCCGGAAAGGAGAAAAGAACCGUCACUAUGGAAAGACAAAAAUGAAUGAGAGGAGCAGUCGAUCACACGCAAUUUUCCGAAUGAUCCUGGAAAGCAGAGAAAGGAGUGACCCAGCAUCUGGUGAAAAUGCUGAUGGAGCCAUUAUUGUGUCUCAUUUGAAUUUAGUCGAUCUAGCUGGAUCUGAGAGAGCCAGUCAAACAGGAGCUGAAGGCACACGCUUCAAAGAAGGUUGCAAUAUCAACCGCAGCCUGUUCACACUGGGCCACGUGAUCAAGAAGCUGACUGAUGAAGGCCAGAAGGGCUUCACAAACUACAGGGACAGUAAGCUCACCCGCAUCCUGCAGAACUCGUUGGGCGGGAACGCUAAAACAGUCAUCAUCUGCACCAUCACUCCGGUCACUCUGGAGGAGACCCUCAGCACUCUGCAGUUUGCCAGCACUGCAAAGAAAAUGAAGAACGACCCUCAUGUGACAGAGGUGUCCGAUGAAGGGGCCCUGCUCAAAAGGUAUCGCAAUGAAAUUGAAGACCUGAAGCGUCGACUUCAAGAGGUGUCUUCAGUCACACAGACUACGGCCAAGGAGAAGAAAUCUCUCUCCCAGAGGCUCCAAGAGAAGGAUCAGCUGCAGACAGAGCAAGAGGACCGCAUCAGAAACCUCACCAAAUUGCUUGUCACCAGCUCAAACCUGGUUCCUGUACAAAAGGUGCCCAAACGCAGAGAAACUUGGGGAGGGAAGAUGCAAGGACUUGCCCGUACGUCUCGAUGUGAUUCUUUCACUGGGAAUAGAAAAGCCGACCUCUCCUGUCUGAGUGAGCUGUGUGAAUCUGAUAAGGACUUUGAUGCUCACUGGGAGAUUCCUGAUGAGCCUUCAGAUGAAAUGGACAUGAAUCAGACUUCUGUGACUGUCCGAAGCUUUGCAGACAGCCCCAAAGACUUUUUGUCUCCAGACCGUAUGCACGAGCUUUCAGAGAGAGUCUCCAUCUUAAUGAUGCAGCUGGAGAUGGAGACCCAACAGAAAAAAGAUGCCCUCGACAAAUUACAGUCAACAGAACAGAGGGCAGCGCAGCUGGAGCUGGAGCUGCAGAUGGAGGCCGAACAGAAAGUAAAGGCCCUGGAACAGGUGGAGAUUUUGGGCGGCAGAUUGGCAGACAUUGGGAGUCAGAAUGAGGACCAGAGCAACACUCAGAUGAAAAAAGAGUUUGCCGAGACGAUCCAUCUGUGUGAAAGCCUAUCUACAGAGAAGGACAUGGUGCUUGCUGAACGGGACUAUCUGAAGCAGGAGCUGGGGAUGUUCAUUGAGCAAAUCGAAAUACUGGAGGAGGAGAAAGCACUUCUCUCUCAGGAACUGGAGGAGAAGAGAGAGGUGGACGAGUUCAAGGCUCUAGAGGACGAGUGCAGGAAAGACCAAGAGAAUGAGUUGCAAAAUGAAAUGGCCAACUUGAAGAAGACUGUUGAAGCCUCUGAGCUUCAGUGUCUGGAUCUGCAGAACAAACUACAAACUCUGACUGUUGAGCUGAAGAAGAAAACUGAAUUUGCACUGGAACUUCAGAGUAUGAGCGGUAAGGACCUAGUGCAGGAGGUGGAGAAGCUGCAGCGCUCUCUGGGUGACGCUGAGGGCCUCAGCAGGGAUACAAAGAAGGAGUGGGCUGUCCUGCGCAGUGAACACAUGGCUGUGGAGGAGAUGAAUCUGAUUCUGAGUGCCAACCAUGAGAAGAUGGAAGCUGAGGUGAGAAGCCUGCGCUGUAAACUCGACACAGAGAAGACGAGCUUCAGAAAGAUGCAGAGCGAUCUCCAAAAAGAGCUGAAUGUGGUAUUUGACGAGAACACAAAGCUCACCUCACUGCUGGAUGGAAAAGUACCACAAAAUCUGAUAGACAGCAUGGAGCUUGAAAGGAGAGUGGCCCAGCUGAGCAGAGAGCUGACGGUGUCUCAGGAAGCAGAGGGAGAGCUCAAAGCUCAGCUGGAGGAGCUGGCCUCUUUCCAGACUCUUCCAGAGAAGGUGGACAGUCUGAUGAAGCAGCUGGAUGAGCUGUCUGAAGAGCUGCAGAGUGUGCGUGCUGAGAAAGAGACUCUCCUGUCUGAGCAGAGUGCUGCUGCUCAGAGUUCUGUAGAGGAGAUGGAGAAGCUGCUCUCUGCAGUCACAUCUCUCACUGCAGAGAGAGACCAGCUCCAGGGAGAAAAUGUAGACAUGGCAGUUGAGACACAAAUUAUUCUACAGUCUCUUCAAGACGAGAUGCAGCAGCAAAGGACCAAGCACUCCGAUCUGGUGAAACUCUACGAGCAGAAGGAGUCUGUUUUAGGGGAACAUAUGCUGAGUUUGUCACAGGAACUUGAGAGUGUGCGUGCUGAGAAAGAGACUCUCCUGUCUGAGCAGAGUGCUGCUGCUCAGAGUUCUGCAGAGGAGAUGGAGAAGCUGCUCUCUGCAGUCACAUCUCUCACUGCAGAGAGAGACCAGCUCCAGGGAGACCUUCAGGAAAAUGUAGACAUGAUGAUUGAGAAUCAGGAGGAGCUGAGGACAGCCCUGGAGAAGAACCGCCAACGGAGGGAGACGAUCAAACAGCUGGAGAAUGCACAGACAUCCCAACAGGAAGCUCCUCCCAACGAGACCAGUGCACAGAUAGAGGAGCUGCAAACACUUAUGAUGGAGAACCAGGAGGAGCUGAGGGUGUCUCAGGAGAAAGUGAGAGUUCUCCAAGAUGAGAUCAGCGCACUGAAGAGUCAGAAGGCAGAGCUGGAGAGCAGAGCGAGUGAUGCAGAGAUUACCCUCCAGCUGCAGGAGCUGCACAAUCAGAUUCAGACACUGUCUGAGGAGCUUGAGAGUGUGCGAGCAGAGAGAGACGCUCUGCUGUCUGAGAGGACGCCCGACACUCACAGUGAGGAGAUGGAGACGCUGCAGUGCAGAGUGACGUCUCUCAGUGAGGACAGAGACCAGCUGCAGGAGAUCCUGGAGGGACUGAGGCAGGAGAAGCAGCAGCUCAGAGACCAGCUGGAGGACAGGAUGGAGAUGGUUGCCCAAGCCGAAUGUGAGUUUAACCAGCCAGAAAUACUGACCUCAGAACUGCAUGUUGCGGAAGUAACCAACCUUCAGAAAGAGAUAAAGCAACUGCAGGAUACUUUACAGACUGUCAGUGAGCAGAAGAGCCUGCUCGAAGUCGAUCUGCAGCGUAAUAUGGAAAAGGCUACAGAGACUGAGAGCCUUCUACAUUCACUUGAACAACAACUUGAAGAGCACAAUCAGAGAAACAUCGACCUGGAAACACUAAGCCUAGAGCAGCAAGCUCAGCUACAACAACAGGUUGAAGAAACUCUGCGCAGUCUUCAUUCUCUUCAAGAGGAGCUCCAAGAGCAGAAGCAACAUCGCUCUGAGCACCUGAAGCUCUGUGAGCAGAAGGAAUCUGAGUUGGAUCAACAGAUCAAGGAUCUGACGGAGCAGCUUGAGAGUGUCCGUGCAGAAAGAGAUGCGCCGUUUGUGAAGGAGACCAGCGGUCAGAGCUCCACAGAGGAGAUGGAGAAGCUGCAGAGCAGAGUGACGUCUCUCAGUGAGGACAGAGACCAGCUGCAGAGCAGAGUGACGUCUCUCAGUGAGGACAGAGACCAGCUGCAGAGCAGAGUGACGUCUCUCAGUGAGGACAGAGACCAGCUGCAGGAGACCCUGGUGGGACUGAGGCAGGAGAAGCAGCAGCUCCGAGACCAGCUGGAGGACAGGAUGGAGAUGAUUCAGACACUGUCUGAGGAGCUUGAGAGUGUGCGAGCAGAGAGAGACGCUCUGCUGUCUGAGAGGACGCCCGACACUCACAGUGAGGAGAUGGAGAAGCUGCAGAGCAGAGUGACGUCUCUCAGUGAGGACAGAGACCAGCUGCAGGAGACCCUGGAGGGACUGAGGCAGCAGAAGCAGCAGCUCAGAGACCAGCUGGAGGACAGGAUGGAGACAAUGCACACUGAGAUGGCAACUCUCAAUAUGUCUCUCCAAAUUGUCACUGAGCAGAAGAGGAAGCUGGAAGAUGAUCUACAGCAGAACAUGACUAUGGCUUCCACAACACAAGAGCUUCUGAAGACCGUCCAAGAGAAGCUGUGUGAGCAGCAGCAGAUGAAUUCUGAGCUGGACAAACUGUGCUCUUUAGAUCAACAGAAGAAGACUCUAACUGAUAAACUGGAGAGCAUUGAAGCAGAGAGAGACGCUAUGCUCUCUGAGAAGGAAAGCAGCGGUCAGAGCUCCACAGAGGAGAUGGAGAAGCUGCAGAGCAGAGUGACGUCUCUCAGUGAGGACAGAGACCAGCUGCAGAGCAGAGUGACGUAUCUCAGUGAGGAGAGACACCAGCUGCAGGAGACCCUGGAGGGACUGAGGCAGGAGAAGCAGCAGCUCAGAGACCAGCUGGAGGACAGGAUGGAGAUGAUUCAGACACUGUCUGAGGAGCUUGAGAGUGUGCGAGCAGAGAGAGACGCUCUGCUGUCUGAGAGGACGCCCGACACUCACAGUGAGGAGAUGGAGACGCUGCAGUGCAGAGUGACGUCUCUCAGUGAGGACAGAGACCAGCUGCAGGAGAUCCUGGAGGGACUGAGGCAGGAGAAGCAGCAGCUCAGAGACCAGCUGGAGGACAGGAUGGAGAUGGUUGCCCAAGCCGAAUGUGAGUUUAACCAGCCAGAAAUACUGACCUCAGAACUGCAUGUUGAGGAAGUAACCAACCUUCAGAAAGAGAUAAAGCAACUGCAGGAUACUUUACAGACUGUCAGUGAGCAGAAGAGCCUGCUCGAAGUCGAUCUGCAGCGUAAUAUGGAAAAGGCUACAGAGACUGAGAGCCUUCUACAUUCACUUGAACAACAACUUGAAGAGCACAAUCAGAGAAACAUCGACCUGGAAACACUAAGCCUAGAGCAGCAAGCUCAGCUACAACAACAGGUUUGUUGCGGUCAGAGCUCCACAGAGGAGAUGGAGAAGCUGCAGAGCAGAGUGACGUCUCUCAGUGAGGACAGAGACCAGCUGCAGAGCAGAGUGACGUCUCUCAGUGAGGACAGAGACCAGCUGCAGAGCAGAGUGACGUCUCUCAGUGAGGACAGAGACCAGCUGCAGAGCAGAGUGACGUCUCUCAGUGAGGACAGAGACCAGCUGCAGGAGACCCUGGAGGGACUGAGGCAGGAGAAGCAGCAGCUCCGAGACCAGCUGGAGGACAGGAUGGAGAUGAUUCAGACACUGUCUGAGGAGCUUGAGAGUGUGCGAGCAGAGAGAGACGCUCUGCUGUCUGAGAGGACGCCCGACACUCGCAGUGAGGAGAUGGAGAAGCUGCAGAGCAGAGUGACGUCUCUCAGUGAGGACAGAGACCAGCUGCAGGAGACCCUGGAGGGACUGAGGCAGCAGAAGCAGCAGCUCAGAGACCAGCUGGAGGACAGGAUGGAGACAAUGCACACUGAGAUGGCAACUCUCAAUAUGUCUCUCCAAAUUGUCACUGAGCAGAAGAGGAAGCUGGAAGAUGAUCUACAGCAGAACAUGACUAUGGCUUCCACAACACAAGAGCUUCUGAAGACCGUCCAAGAGAAGCUGUGUGAGCAGCAGCAGAUGAAUUCUGAGCUGGACAAACUGUGUCAGCAGAAGGAGAGCUCUUUAGAUCAACAGAAGAAGACUCUAACUGAUAAACUGGAGAGCAUUGAAGCAGAGAGAGACGGUAUGCUCUCUGAGAAGGAAAGCAGCGGUCAGAGCUCCACAGAGGAGAUGGAGAAGCUGCAGAGCAGAGUGACGUCUCUCAGUGAGGAGAGACACCAGCUGCAGGAGACCCUGGAGGGACUGAGGCAGGAGAAGCAGCAGCUCAGAGACCAGCUGGAGGACAGGAUGGAGAUGGUCUCAGGCACCAAGGAGAAGCUGAGCGAGCAGGAACAGCUGAACUCUCAGCUGAGAGAGCAGGCUGAGAGAAGAGAACAAGAGACCCAGCUGCAACAAAGGUUGCUCAGUGAUGCAAUCACAACCAUGUCUGUGCCCAGAGAGCAGCUGAGCAGUCUGGAUCAGAGCAGCAGUAGAGUGAAGGAGACGAUGACCUCACAGCUACAGGAGUCUACUGAGCAGCUGCAGGAGUCCUUUGGAAAAUUCCAGCACUUUAUCGAUGCCUGUUCCAAGUAUAACACCACAGGCCCAGUCACGGUUGAGCGUUGCCAGUUUGCUCUGACCAAAGCAGCCACGCAGACUUACAACUGUGUGUAUCGUCUGCAGCAGCAGGCAGCUCAGUUUGUGAGCAACACUAUGGAGCACCUAAAGUUGCAAGCACAGAGCUACAUGAAGGUGUUUAAGGAGCUGGUGAGGAAGGAUCUAGCCGUUUUUAAGGAGAGGCGUGCGCUGGACGAGCUGCUGUGCAGAGUGAAGGCACAGACCAGCGUGAACGACAAGGAUUUCCACUCCCUAUGGGACAACCAACUGACUGAGCUGCUGGACAAGAGGCAGCUCUACCUGCAGAAAAUGUCCAGCAUUUUGGGGAAGCUCUGGGCCUGCAUCGCUUCUUACCCCAGUGAGCUGUCUACUGAUAACACUGACAGGGAGUGCUUCAAGGAGAAGCUGCAGUCACUUUUCUCCAAGCCAAUGAACUUCUUCCUGAUGGACAGCAUCCUGAGCACCAACCUGGUAUAUUUAUCUGAGCUUGUACACGGGAGGAAGAUGACUCUGAAGGGCAUCGUGGACGAGCAGGACAGUCUGUUGGGAGGUCUGAAGCUGCUGGAGGCUCAGGCUGAAGCUCAGCUGACAGAGGAGAGGAGCAAGAUCACCUGCCUGCUUGUGCUCCAGCUAAAGCAAACCCAAGACAAAGUCAAAGCUGUGAAUGAGCAGCUACAGGAGGCUCAGGUCAAAGCCGGCCACAGGGUGUCCAGCCACAAGCAGGCCACCCAGCUGCUGCAGACGGAGCUGCAGGACAGCCUCGCGCAGGUGGAGGAGAAGGAGCACGCAAUCCAAACCCUCAGGAGCAAACUACGAGAGUCUGAGAGAAAGGCACCACCCAGUGUUGUGGAGCUGGAGAAACUCCGCUCUGAGCUGUUCAAAAGGGAGGUGGAGUGGACGUCAGCGUCCGACAAACACAAACAAGAGAUGCAGAUGAUGAACACAGUGCUGACGGAAAAGGAUCACUCCAUGAGGAAGCUGAAGCAGACGUUGAGGUCACAGCAGCAAGGGGAGGAGUCAUUCCUGCAGGGUGAGGACCUUCAUGCCAGACUGACCAACCCCAGAGGACUGGUGAUCAAGAGCAGCGUCCAGCUGGAGAAGACUAAACUGGAGGAAGAAGUCAAACGGCUCCGACUGAAAGUAACCGAGCUGGAAAGCCUGGUGUCCAGUCAGCAGGCAGAGAUAAGCAAGUGGAAGAGCAGAGCCCUCAAGCUGAAGGGGAGGGUCCAGGCGGAGGUGGACAAGCCUUCAUCACCCAGCACUCCCACCAAGAGGGGCUAUUUCAUGGCCUCAGACGGCGCAAACUUCUUCAGCUCACCCAAGAAGAUCAAGGUUACUCCUAGGAAGGUCCUGGAUUCUCCCAGGAAAGUUCUAGAUUCCCCAAGGAAGCUGCUCGACUCUUCGAAGGUCUCUGCGCUCGACUCUCCCAAAAGCAGAUUCUUUGAUGUUGGUGGAAACUCUGAGCUGCUGUCCAGAAGCCGUCCAACACAGUUCUUUGAUAACUCCAGCCUAGGAACCACUCCAGCUUCAGUGGCAGACCGAAGAGACGAUGUGUGGCCUCUGUCUCCAAAGCAAGAGGAAAUGUGUAAAAGCCAGUAACAUUUUUGUGUAUCUUUUGUUUUGAAAUGUUUCUAGAUGUUGUUUUUAAAUUUGUAUUCUAUUGUUUGACUAUUAAAGUAUUCGUACCUGA